UUCACAGGAAACUCUCCUUGAUGACCACACAACGGACUCUCAAGGCUGGCGCCUUCAGGAGAAUAAUAAGGAUUAAGAGUCCACAGGGCCAGAGCACGACUAUCAGUCCAUGCUCCGCGUGAAUCCUGUGUUUUGUGUUAGUGCAAUCGUUCCUCAUUUUACUUUUUGCUCCCCUCCCCGCCUCUGCCCUGGUCUUCCUUAUUAUCUUUCUCCCCUCCACAAUUCGUGCCAGCAACGUGGUAGCCUGCCUAGUGCGUUGUAUCCCUGGUCGUUCCACUGCAUCAUUCUUUGUCUUUCAGUUGCAUUUUUGUGCGUCUGCCUUUUUGUUCGGUUCGGAUUUAGCGCGCUAUCACCAUCGUCUGUCGCUGUACCCUGCUAUAACCUCGCUUCUUCCUCGCCACCCCCAAACCCCAAGCCUGUUGAGACGAAAGGCCGUCAUUCGAAUCAUUCCUCUUACUCGUAUAUCAGCACUCUAACUGUGGUCUCAAUUCUCUAGUCAAAUGUCUGUUGAGAUCACGUUGAAAAUUGUGUUCUCGAGUCGGUAGGCAUCUGAAGCAGUGACGUUCCGUUGGCUGUCCUGAGCGGGACUGCACUCAUUUGGUGCUCGUAUCGUUCUCGUCUUGUCCUACGUGCCAAUGGGAGGUUUAUAAUUACCAUUGCUCGUUUUGGACGGAUAG